GCAACUUCCACAAAGAUCACUCCCGUCCAAUCCGGUUGUCCCCAUUCCACUUUCUCCCCAGCGAUUCAAACUCACUUCUCCCUCAAGAGUUCCAAAACCCACUCUGGCCAAUGAUGACUUGACCUCAGCCCGAUCAUAGCACUUCUGCCCGGCAUCUCCCGUUAUCAAUCAAUCAAGAAAAUCACAUGAACUCUUGGCAAUACACCAGCCCAAGCACUAAGCCGAACUUUACCAGGGAAUUUUCCCUACUCCAACCUAUCAUCUCCUUCUUGCUCCCCGAACCUGAAACUAGGUUGGCCACCGCAACCUUAUCCAGGUAAAUGCCGCGGAUCCCCAUCGUCAGUGCCCCCCGGGGCGUACUUUCUAGGCUUUUGGCCAAAAAGGUUGCUGUCAAGCAGGCGUUGGCAGUGCCGAGAGGUGGUCUGAGGGGCAGAACUAAUGCCAACAAACAGACGAUUGACGAGAGGAAAGGGAGAGGGGAGAGGGGAGAGGAGAUGGAGAAUAAGGAGGGUGGGAGUAUGGUGUGGAGACCGGUUGAUUGGACGAAGCGGGGGUCAUCGGCGGGGUUGGAGGCGGGGGAGUAUUGGCCAAAAUUGGUGGGGGUUGAGGAAGGGCAUGCUCAGAUCUCUAUCGCUCGGCUAACAAAUCUCGCGACCAGACCUCCGAGUCGGAGAACUGGUUUCUCAUCUCCACGGCAGCUCAGAAUGGUUCCCAGAAGCUCUGCGAAGAUUUCCGAAUUGGAAGAGAGGCCUAGUCUAUUGCCAAAGUUGGACGCAAGCUCCGACACUCUCGCUGCCAUUCGACUGAUAAAUAUGGCGAUUGUUCUCUCUUCUUCCCGCGAAAAAGCUCUAAAGGGGAUUCGGGCAGUGGAUAUCCGGCGACAGGGCGGUGGGUUCGAAGUUGUCUUUAGUAGUCAGGAGGAAAAACUCACCGCCAUGAAGAAUUCCUCCUGGGUAUCACUGCUCUCCGGCGGGUCACCUCCUGAGACCAACGAAUGUGGGGGCGUUCGGAAGAGCUUUGGCCUAGUAGUCCAUAGCGUUAGCUGCCGGGGGUUCGCACAUGCUGGAGCGAAGGACUUUAUCAAGCAAUUGUAUACUGAGAAUCCCUGGGACCCCGAAGACGUGACGGUGGUGGACGCCCGGUGGAUCGGGAACGUCAAAGAAAUGGCUUCCACCAAGCGUGGCUUCCGUUCAAUGAUCCUGUUCUUCAAAACCCGAGAAGCAGCAGUCACGGUACGGGAAAGUGGCCUCUUCUUCAACAAGCAAUACCGUCCACCAGAAAACAUCAUUCCACUAGUCUCUUUGCUUGCCGCCCGACAGUCCCGCAGCAAUGCCCAAGCGGUCACAAAGGAGCGCUUAGAAGCGGGCAGAGAAGUUGUCGUCUUCACCGACGGCAGUAAAAACGGCCUGGAAGCUGGCGCAGCAGUCUGGCGGAAAGCCGACUCUCGGGGGGGCGAAAUCAAAAAGAUGUAUGGCCUUGGUACGAGAAUGACAAUAUACGACGCGGAGCUAUACGCCAUCUGGAAGGCCAUAGGCCUCGGCGGUCGUGUAGCUCGCGAACGCGGGGCGAAGAAAUUGACCAUAUGCGCUGACAGUCAGGCCGCUCUCGGCGUGAUGGCUCGUGGCACGAUCGGCCCUGGAAGCCACCUUGCCCUCCGUGGCCGUGCCCAGAUGAAAGACCUUCACCACACACACGGCAUUGAUGUCGCGCUCGAAUGGGUCAGGUCCCAUGCGGGCAUACGCGGGAAUAUCCGCGUAGACAAACUCGCGCGGGCGGCGUGCGCGAUCAGACAGAAGCAGAAGGAUAGCUACACUAGUGAGAUACUGGCCGAGAGGAGACGGAGCAGGGAGGAGUGGGUUCGGGGAUGUAGGGAACGAAGGUUGAAGAGGUGGAAGGCUGCGAAGACAGAGGCGGAGGAGGAGAUGGAGGCCAAGCCAGUGAAUUAUGUGGUUAAUACGGGUUAUGGUAAGUCUCCGUUUAAAGAGUAUGAGGCGCCGGUUGUUGUGCAUUAUUAGGUUGGGUUGGGAUGUAUAUAUAGCUGCGGAUUAAAUUUGUGUAUGUGUAAGUAGGCGGAGGGGUAGAAUCGCUGUAGGCGAGGUCACGUAAUAUAAACUACUGGUCAAGUUGAGA